CCUACAGCCAGACUGCACAGGCUCUCCAUAAGGGAGCCAAACAUAAUAGAUCUAAGCACAGCCUGGCCGCUGCACGAGAUUCGCUUGUCAGGCCAGAACCCUAAGGCGAAGCCAAAGUCUUGCAGCGCCCGUUUUUUCGUCCGCGAGGCGUUCUCAAAGAUGGCUCUUAGAUUGCUAGGUGCAGCUGUGGUGCUGGCGGCCUUCGCCAGCGCCGGGGCCCUCCAGGACCGCCUUCUGCGCGCGCAGCACACGCAAAUGCUGCUGGAGGCCCAGGCAAACCCUCUGGGCGCCUUCAAGGAGUGGGCCCAGACGCAUUCCCGGUCCUACGUUAACGACGUCGCGGAGUUUGAGAACCGCUUCAAGGUCUGGCUCGAGAACCUUGAGUACGUUCUCGCCUACAACGCGCGCACCACGUCGCACUGGCUCACGCUCAACCACCUGGCCGACCUGUCGACGCCCGAGUACAAGUCGAAGCUGCUGGGCUUCGAUAACCAGGCUCGCGUUGCUCGCAACAAGUUGAAGACCGGCUUCAGGUACGAGGACGUGGAUGCCGAGGCGCUGCCCCCCGCCAUCGAUUGGCGCAAGAAGAACGCCGUUGCCGAGGUCAAGAACCAGGGCCAGUGCGGCUCCUGCUGGGCCUUCGCCACCACCGGUAGCGUGGAGGGCAUCAACGCCAUCGUGACUGGCAGCCUGGUGUCACUGUCGGAGCAGGAGCUGGUGGACUGCGACACGGAGCAGGAUAAGGGCUGCAGCGGCGGCCUGAUGGACUACGCCUACGCCUGGAUCAUCAAGAACAAGGGCAUCAACACGGAGGAGGACUACCCCUACACCGCCAUGGACGGCCAGUGCGACGUCGCCAAGAUGAAGCGCCGCGUGGUCACCAUUGACAGCUACGAGGACGUGCCCGAGAACGACGAGGUGGCUCUGAAGAAGGCCGCCGCGCACCAGCCUGUGGCUGUGGCCAUUGAGGCGGACGCCAAGUCGUUCCAGCUGUACGGCGGCGGCGUGUACGACGACCCCACCUGCGGCACCAGCCUGAACCACGGCGUGCUGGUGGUGGGCUACGGCAAGGACGUGACUGGAUCCGGAUCCAACUACUGGAUCGUGAAGAACAGCUGGGGCGCGGAGUGGGGCGACGCCGGCUACAUCCGCCUCAAGAUGGGCUCCACCGACGCCGAGGGCCUGUGCGGCAUUGCCAUGGCUCCCUCCUACCCGGUCAAGACGGGCCCCAACCCGCCCACCCCCGGCCCCACUCCCGGCCCCUCGCCCAAGCCCGGCCCCAAGCCCGGCCCCAAGCCCGGCCCCACCCCGCCCGGCCCCGUCAAGUGCGACGACGACAACGAGUGCCCCAACGGCUCCACCUGCUGCUGCGUCAACGAGAUCUUCAACAUGUGCUUCCAGUGGGGUUGCUGCCCCAUGCCCAAGGCCACCUGCUGCGACGACCACGAGCACUGCUGCCCCGCCGACCUGCCCGUGUGCGACACGGACGCGGGCCGCUGCCUGCCCUCGGCCGGCGUGUUCCUGGGGUCCAAGCCCUGGGCGGCCAAGACGCCGGCCGUCCGCCGCCCCCGCUCCACGUCGCUGGGCGGCAUGGCGGGCCGCCUGGCGCAGAAGUUCAUGGGUGGCGGCCGCGGCUUCCUGCGCCGCGGCGAGCCGAUGAACUAGACAUGCGAGUCUGGGUGCGAGUGCGAUGGGCGGCGCUGCUACAACGGCUGUAGCAGCUGCAGCGGCUGCAGCUGUCUCUGGCGCGCUGCUGUGGCGCUGCGACGAAGCUGGGGGAAACGGCAGUAACUAGAGGCGCGUCUGCCAUAUACACAUCGCAAACAAGCACACGAGCAGCACAGCGGCCCGAUCUGCAAGCUCGCGUGUGUUCAUUGCGCGCGCUGCAACAUUGGCGGCCUUAAUAGCAAUCACGGUCGGCCUGCGGGCGGAAGUGCGAGCCUCAACCCUCGAUUACUCAGCCAGCAGGAGCAGCAGCAGCCACAAAGCAGCCGCUGUCUUUGUAGUCAGUGGGCGCACUCCCUAAUUGUACGAUGUACGGACUUGUGUUUUACGGUUUGCUUUCGAGCCGAGCCGUCUCGCGGUGUGCGCGGGCGGUUGUGGCUGAAUGACACAACGAUUGAAACAGACCCACAGAGCGUGAGCUAGGCGCGGCGGGGCGUUUUAACUAUCUUGCUCGGGCGCGGUGCUAGCGGGAUGUGUGGACUGGUUCGCAUGUGUGCAGUACGUUUGUUUGCUCUAGUGUGUUAGGGUGCGUGUGUCCCACCUCUCUGAUUUCGGACAUCCUGUGUGUCGAUGCAUCCCGCACUUUCUUCGCUGAUGCCGGCUGCCUUGCAACACGAACACACGUAACAUACCCUGGUGUUGCAAUUCGGUGCUGGCUGUUUGCAGUCUGGAGAUGUUGGUGGCAGGAGUGUUGCGCCAGUGUAUGAUUAGCUCAAAUGCGUGUGUACCUGCCUGACUUUGCGGGGUGAACACCCAACCAUUUUUCACCACACAAAUUGCGCGUGAGCGCCCGAACCGGACAUGCGUCGCCAUCAGUGCGGGGCAGGCUAUGUGCGCGCCAAGCAAGCAAGCAAGCACCAGUCUACUGCUACUGAUAGCAGAGUGUGUACAUCGACAGACGAGGCAUGGAGGAAUGGUGCGCAGCCCCAGGCGGCUCAAAGUGGUGGUGACGGGGGAGGCACGGGCAGGCUGACUGGAGCACACACUUCCUACCUGGGCUCCCGGCGCAAUGUCCUUGUGCCUCCCGGUGUACAGUAAAGGCUAUCCUGUAACAGAGAUGCGGC